CCUCCUUUGGAGGCAACUCGAGCAAGAUGGCGGCGGCGGCGGCGACGACGGGAGAAGGUGAGGUCUACCUGGGAUUCGACUUCAGCACGCAGCAGGUAAACGGAAGUAGGCGAAAAUCGUCGUCGGCAAAUUUUUUUGCUUGAAACGUAGGGUGAACCUCGGCGCUUUUCCACUCCAAUGACGUCAGUAUUUGUUGACUUGUUUGCGAAGCUGAAGGUGGUCGCCAUCGAUCGGGACUUGAAUGUCAUCCAUCAGAACCAAGUACACUUUGAUUCGCAACUACCAGAGUUCAGGUACAUGACGAUGAUGAUUCAGGGCAGUUGAUGUAGGAUUUGGGUCGUAGUCUAUUCAAAUCUAUCCGAUUUGUUACCACGUUCUCCUAACCGGCUAUUUAGCGGGUUAUAUCAAUCCAUUUUUCAAUGUAAAGAAAUUGGGGACAUUUUUCACGCAUUGAACGAGUUUACCAGGGGCGUCACUAGCUUUUAAGAAUUAGGGGGGGGGGGGCUUAGCCCCCGAAGAUGACCAGGGUGUAAGUGAACGUAGCGUUUUAUAUAAAUGUGUAAUACUAGAGGCUGAUGCCAUGACUUUCACUCAAAACACAGUAAUUGUUCCCAAAUAUUUGUAAAUUGCAGAGAUUACAUUUUGGGCGCACAUGUCACUAAAUUGUCAUUUCAAACCCUGGAAAAUACUAUUCAUUUCUUGAAAUAAUAUCUGGGUCAGGCUAAUUUGCCCUAUACACCCCCACAAAUAGAUAUCCAAAUAUUUGACACACAUAUUCAAUUCAAUAAACUUUAUUAAUUCCUUGCUUGUGUGUGUAUGCUAUAUAUAAUCAUCAUUCUGGCUUUCUCCACUUUCUAAUCGUUUACUUACCUUUUCGGUAGAGGUCGCUCACCCUCUUUGGUCCUCUGCGAUGACUUCUACAGGUCAAUAAAGGUGGUGGAGUGAUUCUUAUUAUGACCGUCUAUUGAUGACAAUCAGUACAGGCCAAAAGUUUGGACAGACCUACUCAUUCAUGCGCUUUCUUCUUUCUUUUCGUGACUAUGUAGAUUUGAAUUCUCAUUGAAGAUAAUAAAACUAGAAAUGAACAUGUGUGGAAUGAUGUACUUGGCACACAAAAGAAAUGGAAAUAACUAAAAACGUAUAAUGUUCUAGUAUUGUCAAAGUAGCCCCCCCCCCCUGCUCUGAUGACUUUUUUUGCACACUGUUGAGAGAAAUGGUGGAGGAAAUGUUUUGUAUUCAUAAAUGUGUCCUCAGUUGAUGUGGAAAUAAUGUUCCUAUUGCUUGUUAUUAUUGACAUAUUAACUUUUCGCCACAAGAUGGCAGGAUGGGACUUAAUUGUCUAAAGUGCUACUUUUAUUACUUCUUCUUGUUUGACUUUGAUGACUUUGAUUUGUGGAAUUGCCUGCGAAGACAACAAUGAGAGAGGAUGUAUCCGCAUGUCAAUGGAAAUGAAAUACGCCGAGUUUUGGCUAAAAGACAACUUAUUCUCCGUCUAUUCUUCCUACGAAUGCAACGUUGAGCUGCAACCACCUCAACACACACUCUUGCCAUUUGGGGUGGGGACCUUCAUUUGUGUGGCAUUGUAUGAGGACGGAGGGAGGCGUCCACGUGGGCGAGGACGGUCUAACGGUGACGUCGCCCGCUCUUAUGUGGGUCAAGGUACAAAACGGGGGAGGCCGGCCGGCCGGCGGGCAACCGCACGCUCGGUAAUAACGGAGGUCGGCGCCGCCGCUUCAGGCUCUGGACCUCCUGCUGGAGCAGAUGCGGGAAGCGGGCUUCGACUUCUCCCGGGUGCGAGCGUUGUCCGGCAGCGGUCAGGUGACUUUUUGACCUUUCCUCACAAGCUCGCGUCAAAAGCCGCGGUGGGAAACGACCUCUCCGUUUCUCAGCAACACGGCAGCGUGUACUGGAAGAACGGAGCGGGACUCGCCCUUCGCGGCCUUCGCGGAGACCACCGCCUGAGCCGGCAACUCCGGGACUGUUUCUCGGUGCGCGACAGCCCCGUGUGGAUGGAUUCUAGUAGCGGGCGACAGUGCGAGCGCUUGCAAGAGGCGGCGGGGGGCGCCGCCGAGUUGGCGGAAAUCACGGGCUCCAGGGCCUACGAGGUGCUCUUCUGUCUGCCGAAAGCUCACGCGCGUGCGUGGGGUGACGGUUUUGUGUUUGUGCAGCGUUUCACAGGGAGUCAGAUUUGCAAAAUGCGUGAGGAGCGACCGCGAGAGUUCGGGGAGACCGAGAGGAUUUCGCUGGUCAGCAGCUUCGCGGCGUCGCUCUUCCUCGGCGAUUACGCCGCCAUCGACUACAGCGACGCUUCUGGGAUGAACCUCCUAGAUAUCAGGAGCAAAAAGUGGAGCCGGGUGUGCCUGGAGGCCGUGUGUCCCGGUCUGGAGCGCCUGCUGGGCGCGCCGUUGCCCUCCGCGUCAGUCCUGGGCGCCGUGUCGCCCUACUGGGUCAACAGAUUGGGUUUCUCGGACAAAUGCUCGGUGGUGGCCUUCACCGGGGACAACCCGGCGUCUUUGGCGGGAAUGAGACUCCGGGAGGGAGACCUGGCCGUGAGUCUGGGGACCAGCGACACCGUCUUCGUGUGGCUGCGGCACGCCCGUCCGGCACCGGAAGGUCACGUCUUCAUCAAUCCCGUCGACUGGCGACAAUUCAUGGCCUUGUUGUGCUUCAAGAACGGAUCUUUGACCCGGGAGCGACUGAGGAACCGCUGCGCCGGAGCGUCGUGGGAAACUUUUUCCGCCGCUUUGAGACAAACUCCCCUGGGAAACGACGGCUACAUCGGCUUUUAUUUUGACGUGAUGGAGAUCACGCCCCCCGCCGUGGGAAUUCAUCUCUUUGACGCGGAGGACGAGGAGGUACGACGCACGCUCGUCCCGACGUCCUCUUUGUUCGAGACUCUGGUCGUCCCGCAGGUGUCGUCGCUUAGCGCCGAGGCGGAGGUGCGAGCCCUGGUGGAGGGUCAGUUCCUGUCACGGCGGCUCCACGCCGAACGUCUGGGUUACUCCGUCGUUCCAGGAAGUCGAAUUUUGGCCACGGGGGGAGCCUCGUGUAACAAGGACAUCCUACAGGUCUUGUGCGACGUGUUUAACGCGCCGGUUUACACCAUGGACGUGUCCGACUCCGCUUGCCUCGGUUCCGCAUACAGGGCACUGCACGGGGUAUUGGACCCAUCGGGAGAGUCUUUCUUUGACGUGAUGAGGAAAGCUCCCGAAGCGCGACUCGCCGCCACGCCGCAGCCACGCGCGCAGCAGGUGUACGACGAGAUGCUGCGGCGUUACGCCCGAUUGGAGGAGAUAGUCCUGCGGGAGCUCCGCCUCUAGCCGGCCGACACGCCUCUCAUUGGCCACCGACAAACUGAAUCUUAAGUUGAUGCGAGUGUACAGAAAAAUGUGUUCUCUCGGUGUCAUUGACGAGGAUAGGUGGAUGACCAAUCUUUGAAUCGAAAGGAGUUGGUCUCUAGUACAUUCCCAUAUCAUUAAAGGUGAGACCAAAAAACUUGAUAACUGAA